AUGUUUGAAGUGGAGCUGGUGAAGAAACCGGGAAGGGGCCUCGGCCUGAGCAUAGUUGGUCGUAAGAACGAGCCCGGUGUCUACGUGAGUGAAGUGGUCAAGGGUGGCGCAGCCGAAGCUGAUAACCGAUUGAUGACUGGCGAUCAGAUUCUCGCUGUCAACGGACAAGACGUGGCGAAUUCAAUGCAGGAAGAUGUGGCGGCUAUGCUGAAAACGUGUGUUGGACGAGUUUGCUUAAAGGUAGGACGGUGGAAAAUUACGGAGACGGCGAAUCGAGUGCAUGCGGCUGCCGAAGCGCUCGCUCGAUCCCAGACGACCCCAAGGACGGACGAGUCACGGCCUUCAGUGUCAUCUGAACGAAAAGACGUGCCACCGCCGGCUCCGCCUCUUCGACCAAUCAUCACUCACACUUCUCCAGAAGGAGAAGCUGUCGCCGAAGCGGAUGUGCAUCUUUCUCCUGUCACUGAAGAACCAAGCAGCGGUACUGAUCAGCGAAGUCUUCAAGACGAAGAACGCGGUGCAGUGCAAGGCAUGGAACUUUUAAGCGACUUGAAAGAAGAAGGAAGUGACACCUUAUUACUGGAGUUGAAAAAGAUUCCUGAUCAACAACUCGGAAUGGGCAUCGGAAAACGGUCUCGUGGAAUUCUCGUUACCUCUCUUCAGCCUGGUUCAGCUGCCGCUGAGAAGUUGAAAGUCGGUGAUCGAAUACUGGCCGUGAACGCGUUACCUGUCACCGAUCAGGUU